AUGCUUCGGAAAGUAUGGUCUUCGUUGAACCAAUCCCCUGUAUCAUUCCAGAUUCUUUCUGACCUCCAUCUUGAGGUCAACCAACAAUACUCAUCUUACGAGAUACCCGCUUGCGCAGAGCAUCUUAUCCUCGCGGGCGAUAUCGGACGCUUAACGGACUAUGAAGAUUACCGCAACUUCCUACAGAGACUGACUGAUCGGUUCAAAUUAGUGUUUCUCGUACUCGGGAAUCAUGAGUUUUAUAAUGAGGCGUUUGAAACGAGCAUAGAAAAAGCAAAACGACUUGAAGAGGAUCCUGCACUCAAUGGACGGCUGAUCGUCCUCCAUCAGAAACGAUACGAUGUCCCAAACUGGUCAGUUGAUGACCAUAAUGCACGCCAUGAUUCUGAUUAUUCCUGGUUGAUGAAGGAGAUACAUUCGAUACAACAGGAGAAUGAAUCAGCGGGGAAGCGCAGUAGGCAACGGUCUAUCCUUGUUGUGACGCACCAUGCGCCUUCGCUUCAGGGGACCUCUAGUCCCAAACAUGCUCAGAGUCCUUGGAGUGUUGCCUUUGGGACUGAUAUUCUUUCGAAGAUUCCUGGUGGAGUGAAAGUCUGGGUAUUUGGGCAUACCCAUUACACUACUGAUUUCAUGGAGAAGGGGGUAAGAGUUAUGAGCAAUCAACAGGGGUAUGUGCUGCCUUGGACUGAUCCGAAAGCACACAGCGGGUUUGAUGUGAGGAAGCCACCAUCGGAAUGGUGGUGUGUCGGGGCUUACCCCAGGUUGUGCGGCUGGGAGCAACAGCCGCCUGUGAGUAAAGUCCAUCAUGCGGAUAGUCCCAUCGUCAUCAUCUCAUCAUUAACGCCACCUUUGGACCAUAUAUCAUGCCGGGCCCGUGCCCCAGUUCGCUUCUGUCUUGUACUCGAUUGCCGUUCGAAUCCCGUCUCGCGCCUUGCGGAAGCUGCCAAGGAGAAGGUUGCGCCCAGUACCUCCUCCAAAGCCAAGGAUCCCAGUGCAAACUGGACCCCGGAGGAGAUGUUUGAAACAACGUUGGAUAGGAACGGCAACCCAGUGCCCAAUGAUUCCUAUAUCGACGUGGACAAAAUGAGAAAGGGACGACAAGGCCCAGACGAAGGAGAUGUCUUCGAGGCCGCAAAUGAGGACUUCGACUAAGUCCAGCCCGGUGGGAAUGAUGACGCUGGAGGCGUCCAUAGAGGGAGCAACGCGGCUAUAUGAUAUGAGACCAUGCGGAAUGUUCGAUGCUGUCAGUCACUCUUUGCAGGACAAGAGCGGUGGAUGCUGAGACAUGAG